GCCGAUCCAAGUAAACCAACUUGAUGCAGCUUUGCUUACACUAGUACAAACUAUUUGGCCCUUUCAUGGAAUCAGAUCGACAGACUAUUCAUGUGCCUGCGCAUUCAUCCGCUCCCGUGUCGCUUUAUUACAUUGCGCUUGGGUAUAUCUAAUUCGAAUUUUUUUUCCAACAACGAAUUUUACACAGUACAGUUUCAAAGCAACAUCAUAUCAAAUACAUUUUGUUCAGGAGUUUCGCUCUCUCCCUUUUUUGAGCGUACCACAUCGUGGAAUCGGUGUGCGCAUGUCCAUAGUAUGUGUAUAUAACAAUACCAAAUGUUAUAGUGCCUGUGUGCAAUCCACAUUCGGAAAUAACGCAGAAACUCGUUAUGGCGCAUGACGAGUUUGAAUGAACCAAGUCUUGUGAAAUAGGGUACUUUAUGCAUUUGCGUUUGAAAUAAUACGAACUAGAUAAAAACAUACACUUCAUCAAACUUCCGCUAGCACCGGUAAACGCUAUGACUCAAUAUAUUCGGCCGAACCGUUUUUCUAGUUACAUGCGCAACCCCUAGUGCAUGAGUGAUAUGAACAUAUAUGUGUAUAUUGUAGAUUUGUUGUGCGCGAACAAACAAAACAUAUAUAUGUGUCUACAAUAUACAACCAAUGUGCCAGUGUAUGAAGGGUACUAUGGCUUAACAACCAUCAACACUGCUAGAUAGGCACUUAUUUGUAUAAAUGAAUGAAGAAUUGGAUAUGUUGUUGGAUGGAAAAACUAACUUCAAUAUUUAUGGAUAGAUGAGUCAAUGACCUUGCAUAUGUAUUGAAAAUUAAAUAUAUUCCAAGACAGACACACUAUUUCCAAGAAAUUUAAAGGCUAUCCGAUUAUUCUACUAAAAAUGAAAAUAUCAAAAUUAUGGGGAUGGUUAGCACUUUAAAAGAGUAAUAUUAAUCCGGCAUCGAUGAUUAUUUUUCUGACUGAUCAUUCUAGCCGCUUCCGUCUCUGUUAUAUUCAUUAAAUUGUUUGUGAAAUUUCCCAUUGUUUUCAUUCUAAUUAACGUUUUUUUUUUAGAUAUCAAUUUACGAUGAAAUAAGUUACUUUGGUAUUUGCUACAAAUUAUCGUAAAAAUGCUAAUUCAUUUUAAGCCGGAACCUUUGAAAUCGAUCACGAAACCCAUGCGCAAAUCGAAAAGCAAACAUUUGAAUUCAAUUCAGUACAGACAAUUGAAUUACAUUACGCAUGUUGUCUCCUUUUUUGAAAUCACAAGAGAUAAGAUAGCCAGUGAAUUUCUUGUCAACAAUACAGAUAAAUUCAUUUAUAAGACGAAGAAAAAAGUGUCGUCAUUUAAUAUUCGUGUAAAAAUGAUUUCAAAUCACUUUUUUCAUUGCACAUAGCAUGAUUAAUGUAUCGGCGCUGUGUUUUCUUUUUAAAUGUUCUUCUAUGUGAAAUUCUGUGAUAUUGAAAGCGGUUCCAUGAAUUCAGUGUAUCAGUGGAUACUGAGAAAAAAAAAAUGGUGCGCUAGUAUUUCUUAUGCUAACAAAAUAAUAAUUGAGACGAAAAUUCGCAUGUGCGUCAUAAAUGUGCUUCAGCGACACAUUUAGUGUAUGUAGGUGCCAAACGAACAUUACUCACAGCUUGAUCGAUUAACAAGUGAUAUUGAUGAAGUUUUAAAGGCCACUUUAAUUUAGAGUAUCCGUGCACUUGGACGUCAAAUAUAUAUUGAUUUCAACAAUUUAUCAGCUUUUAUUUAAUCAUAUAUUAAUCACCAUUAUCAAAAUAGGAGAAAAUUUUAAACGAACAAAAAAAAAACAGACCGUGUGCUGAAUAAUAUAUCCAGUUAAAUGGAAUGCGAUCGUCGGUUUUUCAUUGGCAUAGUGUUGAUUUUUGUUAGUGCAUCAGUGGCAACAGUCACCCAAAAUGAAUUGGUUCAAAAUGUGUCAUCGGCUGCCAUCCGAUUGGACGGCAUGGCGGCGAAAACAUUUUCGAAAAAAACAAAACUUAGUAGUCAAACGCGAUAUUUAGAUGUGAUUGAAACGUACAGUAGCUGCUCCGGGCUCGAAAUUUUGAGUGAAGUGUUUCAACCGAAAUAUUCAUCCGAAUCGUUCAUUCGAAAGUGUUGUCCGACUGGCCAAAGUUAUGAAAUUGGGGAAAAUGGACGACAGUGUGCCGUCGAUAUUCUGAACCAUUUUAAUGUUUCGAUAUUAAAUGCUACAUUCUAUCAAAAUUGCAUAGAGGACAAUGAAAGUGGACCAAAUUUAGAUCUUGUAUUCAUGGAUGCAUGCAACUCGAAAGCGCAAGACAUUAACAACAACAACAACAACAACAACAACAACAAUAAAGAACCCAAAAAUCAACUAGUGUUGUAUAGCAAAUUUUACGGUGAUUUAUUGUAUAUCUUACAAAAUGGUUCACUACUGACGGUUGACGAGAAUUUCGAAGGUUACGAAGUUCAUAAUAAUUAUUGCUUGGACGUGAAUCGAAAUGAUAGCCUUUUAUAUGCGAUCGUUUGCGAUCAGAAGUCAAACCACCAAACCAGAACAAAUCGUGUGCUACGUGCUGAAGCAUAUUUGUACUCAACAUGCCUAUUGAUUUCAGUUCCAUGUUUACUACUCACUGCAUUUUUCUACGUUAAAAUCGAUGAACUUCGUGAUUUGCAUGGAAAAUCGCUGGCUUGCCAUUGCGUUUGUCUGGCCAUCGCGUAUUCAUUUUUGAUUGUCAUUCAAUUCCAACAAGAUAUUGUUAUAUAUCUGACAUAUUUCAUUCAAUAUUUCCUAUUAUCCUGCAUAUGCUGGUUGAGUGUACUGUGUUUUGAUAUUUGUUUUAAGAUUUCAUAUACGUAUUUGAAAAAAUAUUCAUGCUCGGUAAACACGGAAGCUAAAUAUUUUAUCGCUUAUGCGAUAGUAUCAUUUGGUCUACCGAUUCUUCCCGUUGUGGUGGCAUCUUCGCAGCACAUAUUCGGAAUUCCGUUGUAUUACAUAAAAGGACAACAUAAUAACACUUCUACUGAUAAUUACUACAUUAUACCAGCUGCAAUUCUGUUAUUUUGUUGUUGCUGCUUCUUGCUGUUGGCAUUGUAUUUCUUCGGCACAAGACGGCCGAAGCCACCGAAUGAGAACCAAGGUCCAGAAGCGAUUUGCGAGUAUGAAGAGUUCUUCAAACUUAAACAAACAGCACAAAGUGUGGCAUUUCUCUUUGCACUUAUGUCAAUAUGUAUGAUAAUUGAAAUGCUUACAUCUCACAUAAAUACAUCGAUCACUCCAAAUGAAGCAGCAGUAAUGUCUCCGUUUGCAUUUUUUGAUAUUUUAAUUGCAUUGCAAGGUGUGUUCAUUUUCAUCAUAUUCAUAUGCUCACCAAAGCCACUGCGAAUUAUAAAGCGUUGGUGGAUCUCUCGUGGGUCACUCGAUGUUGCUGCAUUCACUGAACUCGAGUCGCUUAAAAAACAUAGCGUUUUAAAUUGAUUGAAGUCACAUUAUUUAUUUGUUUUUCUGUGUACAUCACGUAUUUUGUUCGUACUUAAACAAUAACAUGUUAUUUCGUAGGUCUUAAAUUUCAUCGAUCAAUUUUCAAAUUAUGGCAUUAUGUUAAAACACUAAUUUGUUUCAUUUUUUUUUUAAAUACUUUUAGUUUAUUUGGUGUAAAUUAAUAUAAUUUUAUAACAAAUUUUUCUGUAAAACAAUACACAGUAACACCUAUGAAUACCGGAAUCUCAUAUUUUUUCGAUAUUCGCACGAAUUCCGUUAAUAAUAGGUGAAUUUGGUUUCAACGAUGAUUUUUGCGUUAUUCAGAGAAAAUAUGAAUAAAAAGCCCAGUGUAUGUUUGUUCCCUUAACGUAAUACAGUUAUGAAUUGCAUUUGAAAAAAUAUUCGCGUAAUGUUGUGUCUUUUUUUAAAAGAUAAAUUCUAUUGUGCACUACGUAGUUUAUAAUGAGAAAUUUUGGGCAUUGUAAAACAUUGUAUAAUGCUGCUGAUUAUUAUGCGUUAUUAAAUUAUGUACGGUGUAAAACAUCAUUCAAUUUAUAUCAAUUUAUUUCAAUUGAUUGCUAAGCGGCUUGUACAAUUUAUGUAUGUGAUGCGUUCGAUUAACGCGCCAAACUUGAUUUGACCAAAUAUUCUGCAGGCAUAUAGGUUUUCUUACAAUUGUGCAAUUAAAAUUAUAUUUGUUUCUAAUCAAACAUUGUGCGAUAAAUAUUGAAUUUCUAAUGAAUUAAGUACACGUAAAUUAACUCACGCCACUUAUACAUUGUUUUGCGUCGUCGAUAUGCUCGGAUAUAUCCGCCGAUACGAAAUGCUGAGAUGCUGAGAUGCUGAGCCAUCGGAAAUGGGUGGAUGCAAUGUGAAAAAGUGGAGGACAACCAAAAUUCUAUGCUGAUCAUCACGUUUUUGACAAAGAGAACAAAAUCCCGAUUCUAAGUGGCCACAUCAAAAAAUUCGAAUAGUCUAUAACCGUUGACAUAUCUUCAAUAGCCUUAUCAAAAUUGUAAGGAAGGUUUCAAAAAAUAUAAAAAAUAAUAAUAAUAAAAUCGGCAGAAGUUCAUUGAAAAUUGUAUAAA